GUCUCGUCCAAUCAGAGCAAAAUAAAACAGGAAGCUUUGAAUUUCUGAUGAACUGUGAAUGAAGAGGUAAUGUUGCGGGUCCAUGAUAUAAGGAUGAAAAGAGACGCUGUAGAUUGUUUUGAAUCUUAAAGGCCAUUCUAAUCGCAUUCGGUUCCACAAUCACCAACUCUUCUUCUGGGCACCGAUAACCCUCAAAUUCUGUUUAAAUGAGAAUGUCCUUGGCGCAGAGAGUUCUGCUCACAUGGCUCUUUACCCUACUCUUCUUAAUUAUGUUGGUGUUAAAGCUGGAUGAGAAGGCUCCCUGGAACUGGUUUAUCAUUUUUAUUCCUGUAUGGAUAUUUGACACUAUACUUCUGGUCAUGUUAAUUGUGAAGAUGGCUGGCAGAUGUAAAUCUGGCUAUGAUCCAAGAAAUGGAGCUCAACAUUUAAAGAAAAAGUCAUGGUAUCUGACUGCUAUGCUCCUAAAAUUGGCAUUCUGCCUAGCUUUAUGUGCCAAGCUGGAACAGUCGGCUAAUAUCUACUUAUGUUUUGUUUUUAUUCCAUUAUGGAUCCUUCUGCUUGGUGGAUUAAUAGAACUUGGAUACAAUGUGUUUUACGUAAGAAGGGACUGAAUAGCUCAGCCUUGCACAAAGUAAUUAUAUCUUGCUAUGUUCUGUUUUUGUCUUGCCAAGUUUCUGGCAAAUCCAGACAUGGGUAAUCUCCAUAAUUGUACAGUGUUACUUAAGAAGAGUGUACUUUUGCUGAGGUAUAUGUUUACUUAACUUUUUGCAUACACUACUUUACAAAUCUAGCAAUAUUUUUGGCUCAUUGCUUUCCUUUAGAGACUCACUGCAAGUCUUCUGUGGCUUUGCAUGUUACAGAUAUAUAUAGCUUUAGAAGCUGCAAUUCACUUUGAUUACCAUAUUGGUUUGUGUGUUAGCAGAGUGUUUUCCUGUAGCUCAGGCAAACAAACUUACAAUGUAACUAUAACUUUGUAAAUAUUUCAAAUAAAACCUUGAAACUUUA